CGCCAAAAUUAAAGAAGAAGAAAUAACGAAAACUGUAAUCAGUCGUUGUGUUUAAUGUUCAACAUAAAAGUCUUCUGAGCUUUUUAUUUGUUUGCAACAUAAUUCUGCUUUAAUUGCUGUAAUAGUGCCUUUUCAUUCUUUAAAUUUAGAAGAAAUUUCUAAGGAAAGGUUGAAAAUAUUAUUUGCAUUGUAAAACCGUUGAAAUUAUUAAGUUAGAAAAGAAAUCAAACGUGACGCGACGCUUUGAAUUGAUUCAAAUUUCCACAGAAAUGCAUUUAAGCCGCAGCAACAAAAGGACAAUGGAUCUACAAACAGCAGAGCAGUGCAGUUCUAUUCCAACGAAAAGAUCUUGUGAUGACGCCUUUAUUUUACGACUAAACUUUGAUUGCCUUUACCACAUUUUCUCAUUCCUCAAACUACAAGAACUCAUGGUGGCAGAAGAAGUUUGCACGCGCUUUGAAGAAGUAGCAGCAAAAACAUAUAAAUCCUUCAAGAUGUUGGAUUUUAGCAAAGACUUGCAAAAUGAUAUAAAAUCACCAAAGGCAAUUAAAGCUGCUUGCCGUGUGGGAUCUUAUGUUAGCUCCAUAAAGGCAUACUGCCGUGAAUUUGACAAGGAUGUAAAGGAUAAAGUACACUUUUCCCAAUUCCUAAGGAUGUACUUUACAAAUUUGCAAAAAGUUGUUUUGAUAUACCUGGAUGCACGAAGAUGUGAAGAAUGUAUUAUGAAUUUGGCUGUUGCUUUCAAAGAAGUUAAAGAAGUACGAUUGAGCUCUUGCAAAAUCUCGGACAACAAUCUCAAGAUUUUGUUCCAAAUUGAUCAACUUGAAAUAUUUAAAUGUACUUACGACGAUGAACUUGAUGGAACUUUCAUGGAAGGACUCCCGAGGAAUAUGAGAAAGAUAACCUUGUGCUGUUGUGAUAAUAUGAAUAGUGAAAAAUUCAAAAAAUUCUGCAGAGAACACCCAAACUUGAAGAGCCUCAAUAUAUAUGAAUUAAAUUGUAUUGAUAAGACCUGCUUGAGUACAAUCGCUGAACAUCUAAAGGAACUGGAAACCCUCCAAAUGUCAAAUUCAUAUAAAAAUGUUUCAAGUGACGAUUACGCCGUUUUAGCGGAUUUGCCAAUGCUGAAGCAUUUAAAAUUUACAUCUAUCCCAUGGAAUUCAUUGGGUACUUGCAAUUUACUUCUUCAACAAAUAUGCAAGCACAAUCAAUUGGAAUCCUUGGCAUGGCAUUACAGAUACAUUUUUCAUAAAAGGGAAAAUGAGACAGCCCUUCGAAAGCUUACUAAACUCAAAGAAUUGGAUGUAUCUGGUUCAACGUGGCUUGUUACAUUCUCGGAUUCCACAUUGGACUCCUUGUCUACAUGCCUGGAGCAUCUUCACAUUUAUGAAGCGAGAAUCCCACUUGAACAUCUUGAAAACUUUAUCAAGAAGUGCAAAUUUUUAAAACUCCUCAAUGGCUCAGAACAGAAGGCCGUGACUUUUGGUUGACGUCUUCGCGAAGCAACUUUUUGGAAGCGACUUUUUUGCGAAGACAUAACCUCAAAGCAACUUUUUUUUAUGCAAAAAAGUGAGAAAUACGGGGAAAAAUGCAUUGCAGUGCCCCCGGAGGGCUUCCCGUAUGCUCUUGAUGCAUUUUUCAGGUGAAAAUUCGCACAAUUCUUUUUUUUGUCACAAAAAUCUUUCGAGGCAACUUUUUUGGCACUU